CGCACCAUGAAAAAAAAAGGCUGGCAUUUUUGUUUUCGUGUUUCCUACCAUUGACGGCCCUCAUCCAAUAGUAUAAUUGCAGUAGGAGAUAAUGGAAGUAACCGAAGCUAUUCGAAACCAGAUUGAUGAGCUGAGGAGAGAGAAGGCUAUGCGAUUCGACUCGUUGAUCCUUGAUCUACAAACCGAAAUCCGAUCCAAGAAUACCCAAAUGAAAGACACCUGGCGUCAAUUUGAAGAAGCUGUGGUGGCUUAUGAGAAACUGUCAUCCAUCAGCGCCGAUAUUCCUGAAUCUGUGGAUGAAGACGAAGAUGAAAACGAGGGACCGUUGCUCCGAGAACGUUCAGCUAGUAAAAUAGCAUCAGAUGACGAAGACGAUUAUUACGAAAAGUCAGGGUUGUCGAUCCAGGACUUGGAAGCCGCCGGUUAUGAAUAUUCUAUGCCCCAGCCUAAGUCGACCGAACCAUCAGAUUCCUACAAUAACAACUAUAUGGACAAGUCACUGGUCGAUAGAAGUCGCUCUGCCACCACAGAAGGCGAAUCUCCUCAAAGCACGUUGCCAUUUCCAACCUCCGCAGGCACCUACACAGCAGCAACCGUGGUCAUUCCUGAGAAAAAACCAGCCGUCACUGAAAACAAGCGUACUUCCAUGAGCAGCAUUGCUUCUUCUAAAGCCCUCCUCCAUGACGGACCAAAGAGAAAAGCCCAAGCAAAGUGUAAACGACUACAGUAUAUUGUUAAAGCCCUGGAGGCGUCUAUUGCGGAAUCCCAAUACAAACUUGUAUAUACACGUGAAGACUACCAACGAUCCCUUCAAGCUCUUGACGACCUUGAGGAUGACUUGUGCAGCAUUUCUACCAGGUUUGAGGAAAAUGAAAAGAUGUCCUUGGGCCACUUUUUCACUGCUCUGCAAACCAAGCAAGAUCAAUCGAUUGUCGAGGUAUACAAAGAUUUGAAGGAAUACAAGACACGAAAUAACGAUCAAAUUCAUCGAGGACAAAAGCGCAAGCGCCCUGUGGACCAAGAUGUCACCCUACUUUCGAUUGGUGAAGAAGAUGAAUUGCCUCUUGCCAAAGUCAGUCGAACGGAAGCCAAAGGCAAACCUGUUCUCAAGACCCUGCUGGCAGUCGGCACCCUUACAGCCAUUGCAGCUGCGACUGGCUAUGCAAAUGGAUAUCUUCCUGCUUCUCUUUAAUUAGUAUUAGUUAUGUUUUUUUUUUUCAUAUUGUAACAACGUUUCAUUUAAGCUAUUCGUUCGUGUAUUGUUUGUUAUUAGAGGAUUCGAAACCAACUGGGCCAAAAUCUUUGUUGGCUGGAUUUCCUAUUUGUGUGACCGAGAAGUCCCAAUUGUCAGUCCAUUUUUGGGAGCUGCCUCUAUGACGUCGCUGUCGGAGUCUGUGGGACCUGCUUGGCAAUAUUUUGGACCCGACUUGAACCCAAUUAUUAUCUGGAAAGUGUUCCCCCAAUCAAAUAAUUAUCGCAUUCAUUGGUUUUUUGCCAUUUGCCAAUUAG